AUGAGUGAUGAAUUGGAUUGCCUGAAGGGUUUCGUUGCUGGAUGCAGUGAGCAGCAAACCGUAGCUCCCCCCUCCCUCUCGCAUGCCUUGGCGAUUAUCGCCCCCGGUGCUUCCCCGUUUUCGGUAGGAAAAUCCACGCCGACCAUUGACACUAAUUUGUUCCAUGCCUCCACCGGCCAUGUAAACGAAUAUUUUGUGCGUGAAACGGCCGAGCAGCAGGGCGUACGACUGGUGGGGGAGAUGCAGCCGUGUGUGGGCUGCGUGGAGGCGAAGGGCAGGCGGGCACCGGUGCCGCGGCGUGGCACCCGCGCGGCGGUACCGUUCGGCAAAGUCCACAUCGACCUCACGGGCCCGUUCUCUGACGCGCUGGACGGCUCCCGGUACCUGAUCAUGUUCGUGGACAGCGCAUCGCGGUUGCAACGGGGGUACGGGAUGCGGGCCAAGAGCGACACCCUGAAGAUCCUCAGCCCCGUCGCCGAUCUCCGUCGCCCCAUCAUCAGCCCCACCGUCGACCGCAACAACGCCGUCCCAUUCUGCCCCGGGCCUGCCGCCGCCGCCGUCGCCGCAGCCCACCAGCGCGCCACUCCCGCUCCCCCUCACCCGCCGCUUUCGAAACGAGCCGUGAAGGAGUUGGGACGAAAGGACACGAGGGUACAAGGCCGCACGCGCGGCGAUGGAGUGCGCGAUGAUGAACAAGGACUCCCUCAUCUCUUCGCUCGCCACCCAGGAGGCCGUGGAUCAAGGUCGCNAGAGAACGCGAUCAAUGCCAAGUGGGUCUUCAACUGUAAGGCAGACGAGCAUGGAUGGCCGACGAAAUUCAAGGCAAGACUUGCAGCGCGGGGGGGAAUACAGAGGGCUUCGAAUGAUUUUGGAGAAUUGUUUGCACCCACCGUUUCCGUGUGCAGUGUGCGCGUGUUGGCAGCAUUAGCAUGCGAGCAGAAUCUUGACUUGUGCCAUUUCGAUAUUCAGCAGGCUUUUGUGCAGUCUGAGCUUGAUGAUGAUGUUUUCAUGCGCUUACCGCAGGGGUGUGGUAGCAUGUCUGGCCUGAUCGUGAAGCUGUGCAAGAGUCUGUAUGGUUUUUUGCAGUGUCUAGCGGAUGCAUGUGUUUUUCGAUUGAUGGAGGAGGGAGAUAUGAUCAUGAUCAUCGCGGUCCACGUGGAUGACAUUUUUGCUGUAGGGCAGAAGGAGAGGGAUCUCAACGAGAUGGUCCCCGUGAAGAACCUUGGAGAGUCGAGGUGGUACUCAGCGUGCUUUUACGAGAGAGACGUAGAGAGAGGGCUGUUGAAGAUUUCGCAGCAGAGAGUGUUCCUCUUAAAGCUCUCCGACUUUGACGUGAAUGAAGCGAGUGCUGAUGUCCCUUUUCGCGAGUUGGUAGGAUCUCUGAUGAUGUGGUUGGCCACUCAAACACGGCCGGACAUUGCGAAUGCAGUUCGAGCAGUAGGGCAGCAUUGCGCGUCUCCCAAGAUGGUGCACUGGAAGGCAGCACUCGGUAUUUUAGGAUACGUACGCAGGACGAGUCGGAUGGGGAUUACAUUUGAGAGGGGCGUCGUGACAGGUAUGAGCAUGCAGCAGGUGUUUGUGGAUGCCGACUAUGCAAGCAAGGCGGCAGACCGGAGGUCGGUGUCUGGGGGGCUAGUGAUGUGUGUGUGGGGGAGUGUGACUUGGUUUUCACGAACGCAGAAGUGCGUUAUGCUUUCCACCACGGAAGCAGAGUACCAUGGUGUGGCGUUUUAUGUUGCCAGAUGCGAGUAUGCCGUGCACCCGGUGUUCGAGCAUAAUCAGGGAGCGGUUCAGAUUGCGCACAACCCGAUCACGAACUCCAACUCGAAGCACAUCGAUGUGCGGCGUCACUUUAUCAGGGAGCUGGUAGAGAGGAAAACGCUUUCAAUUACUCAUGUGCCGACGCAAUUUCAGCACGCAGAUUUCUUGAUGAAGGCUAUGAGCAAGGAGUCUUUUGCGUUGCACCGUGACUUUGUGAUGAACUUGCAGUGAAGGAAGAGUUUUGGGGUCGAUUCGUAUUCUGUAGCGGAGAGAGAGAGAGACGAGAUUGGACAAGAGCAAGAGAGAGUCUGAUGAAGGUGGAGUUUUAGUUGUGUUGGGAUUUUUCUUGGUUGUUUUGGAGGAGUUUUGGUUGUGUUGGAAUUUUUCUUGUGAUUGACUUGGGAGGGUUCUUGCAUGUUUUGGGGAGGAUAUCGGAUCUGGAUGCUUUUAGAAUUUUCUUGUUUGUUUUGGAGAGAUAUGGUAAAAGAGGAGUUUGGUUUUUGCCGGAGCAUGACGAUGCAUACGAG